UGCUAUGGUGCCAAGUGCAUGGAUUGUAGUAGUUAUGCAACACAAAACUUGUGCCCAUUCUUGAUUUUGGCACUAAUUCUAAUUUUUUUCACCGUAUUUAAUUCCUCCUCCCACUAAUUCCAUUUUCUGUUGAAUUUCACCAGCUAAUCCAAAAUUAAUUAAUCUCCCUACCCAUUUUUAUUUUCUUUUAAUUAAUUAUUUAAUUAGUAUUUUUUAUCCAUGAUAUCCAUUUUAAUCAUCAUUCACCUUAUAAUUUCAUUCAUCAACCUUUCCACAGAUGCCAAGGUCUUCAUGGUUCUAAUGGAGGAUGACCCUCUUGUGAUGAUGUCACUAAGUAGUAGUGAAGAUACUGCAAUGCACAAAGAGCGAAUCGCACGCGACCACGACAACUUCAUUAAAACGCGCCUCGGAGAAGGCUCCUACACCAAGUUGUAUAGCUAUACUCAUUUGCUCAACGGCUUUGCAAUUCACGCCGACGAUGACCAGGUGAUCCAUAUGUUACGAGGUGCAGAUAAAGUUAGAUCCGUACACGAAGACACGAAAAUGGAGAAGCAAACAACGCACACACCCGAUUUUCUCGGGAUUACGGACGGUGCGUGGCCAGCGUUGGGUGGGUCCACAGUUGCAGGCGACGAGGUUGUGAUAGGCCUAAUCGACACCGGAAUAAACCCUUUCCAUCCAAGCUUUAUUACUCAAACAUCGAAUAAUAAUAUAUUAUUCGAUAAAAAUAGCAAGUUCAAAGGAAAAUGCAUCACGGGGGAACAAUUCCCACUAUCGGCGUGCAACGGCAAGAUAGUCGGCGCGCAGUAUUUUGCUAGGGCAGCAAUUGCUGCAGGGGAAUUCAAUUCCACGCGCCACUUUUCUUCUCCCUUCGAUUCCGACGGUCACGGAAGUCAUACAGCAUCGACAGCAGCGGGAAAUAACCAUAUUCAGGUGGUGGCCAACAACUUCAGUUAUGGCUACGCAAGCGGCAUGGCUCCGGGUGCAAGGAUUGCUGUGUACAAAGCUCUUUAUCCUUUCGGAGGUUACAUGUCCGAUGUCGUGGCUGCAGUCGAUCAGGCAGUAGAAGAUGGAGUGGAUAUACUAAAUCUAUCGAUAGGGCCAGCAAGCAUACCUUCCGGGCCGUCAGCAUUCCUAAACGUCUUAGAAAUGGAACUCCUCUUCGCAACGAAAGCCGGCGUGCUCGUAGUACAAGCAGUCGGAAACGGGGGUCCCACACCAAGCUCAAUCCUCUCAUUCAGUCCAUGGAUUGUCAGUGUCGCAUCCUCCACAACCGACCGAAAGUACAGCAAUUCCCUCUUCCUAGGAAACGGACAACACCUGCCAGGCACCGGACUUGCACCGCCGACGGUUGGAGGAGUGUACUUUCCGGUUGCAGCGGCGGCAGAUGUUAGUGAAAGGAAUGUUACGGUGGGCGUUAUUGAAAGCUGUCAGAAUGCAGAUCCGUUCGUACGUGAAUUGGCUCGAGGGAAGAUAAUUAUAUGCACGUACACGUUCGACUUCGAUUCUGAGGCGGCUUCGAUUUCUGCGGUUGUGGACACUAUACAUAAAAUUGGUGCUGCCGGUUUUAUACUAACGAUGGAUCCUGACUUGGGGUCUCACCAGAUUAAAGGCUCCACUAUUACUCUACCUGUGCCCGGAAUCAUUCUAAACAACAUGGAAUCCUCUUCGGCUCUUUGGGAAUACUACAACUCGAACACGAUAAGGGGCAGGAGCGGUGCCGCCAUAGUAUUCCGAGCAAGGGCGAGGAUUCUAGACGGAAGGCAGGCUAGCUACAACGUGCAGGCGCCAGCUGUCGCCUCGUACUCCUCACGAGGCCCCGACCUGAACAACGCCCUUCUAGAAACCGCGGACGUGCUCAAGCCCACCAUCAUGGCGCCAGGCUCGUCAAUAUGGGCGGCAUGGACAAAGCCCAACAGCCGAGGAGACGACUACACCAAAUCCCAAACGUUCGCACUCCUCUCCGGGACAAGCAUGGCCACACCGCACAUAGCCGGCAUCGCCGCCCUGAUAAAGCAGAAGCACCGCCACUGGAGCCCGGCGGCAGUCGCCUCGGCGAUGAUGACAACGGCCGACCAAACCGACCACUCCGGCUCUCCGAUCCUCGCACAGGGGAAAAACGGGCUGUUAUCGCCCGCGACGCCGUUCGACUUCGGAGCGGGUUCGAUCAAUCCGUCUAAAGCCAUCGAUCCAGGCCUAGUGUUCGAAGCUUAUUUCAAGAACUACGUAGAGUUCUUGUGUGCCGUUCCAGGGUUGGACGAUAAGUCUGUCAGACGGGCGGUGGGAGUCGGGUGCCCCGACAAGAGGAAGGAGUGGUGCUCGGAUUUGAACACUGCGAGUGUGACGGUUUCGAAUUUGGUGGGGUCGAGGAAGGUUGUGAGGAGAGUGACUAAUGUCGGUGGUUUUGAUGAGAAGUAUAGGGUGGUUGUUAGAGAGCCGGUCGGGGUUCGAGUUAGUGUUGAGCCUCAGGUUUUUACGAUCAGUGUGAACGAGUCGACGCAUAUUACGGUUAUGUUGCAGGCAACUCAGAGGACGAACCGAUACACGUUUGGGGAGAUGGUUUUAGAGGGGAGUAAUAAUCAUGUCGUUCGAGUUCCUAUUACUGUCUUUGUUAGCAGCUACCUAGGUUCUUGAAAAUUUUCGAUAUAAACGGACAGUGGUUCCGAAAUAGUUUUUAAGUUCCGGACUUUCGUUGCCUGUUGACUCUGUUCGGCGUACUUUCUUACCACGCAGCAUCGAAUAACUAGGAAUGAAUGUUGCUACAUUAUAUGAAUAGAUUUGAGAUUCACUACA